CUGCAGCGAACAUGGCGGCUUGCAUCUGAUAGAAAGUGAGGGGAUCUGCUGCUGCUCGCACGUCGGUCUGACUUCACCUCCUCUGCAGCGGCACUUUGACUCUGGUCGUCAUGGGCCGAACUCCACACAGAGAUCAAAAAGAGGAGAAGAAGGAGAGGGGAAGCAGCAUCACAGCAGGCUCUGCCCUCGACAAAUCCAACGAACCGUUCAGCUGGGAAGAUUAUCUGAGACAAACGUCUUCCGUUGCAGCUUCGCCAACAUGCUUCAAACAGUCCAGACUCCCCCCCGCCAACGACUUCAAAGCAGGGAUGAAACUGGAGGCGCGGGACCCUCGCAACUCCAACUCGGUGUGCAUCGCCACGGUGAUGGGCAUGAUGGGCACUCGUCUGCGUCUGCGGCUCGACGGCAGCGACAACACCAACGACUUCUGGCGGCUGAUCGACUCCUCGGACAUCCAGCCAAUAGGAACCUGCGAGAGGAACGGAGACAUGCUGCAGCCCCCCCUGGGUUUCAGGAUGAACGCCUCCUCGUGGCCCAUGUUUCUGCUGCGGACGCUGAGCGGAGCGGAGAUGGCCCCUGCCUCUGCUUUUAAGAAGGAUCCGGCCAGUCCUGUUAAAAACUACUUCCAGCCUGGUAUGAAGCUGGAGGCGGUGGACAGGAAGAACCCCUACUUGAUUUGUCCUGCCACAGUGGGAGAGGUCAGGGGUCAGGAGAUUUUCGUCAUGUUUGACGGCUGGCGAGGCGCCUUCGACUACUGGUGCCCCUUCGACUCCAGAGACAUCUUCCCGGUCGGCUGGUGUUCUCUGACGAAGCACAGCAUCCAGCCGCCCGGAAACUACUUUACCCUCCCUGGCGCGCUCCUUGCCCCGGCUUCUUCCACCUCUGCCUCCCUCACGACACGUCGCUCCUCGUCCACCUCCUCCUCCUCCAUGCAGACCUCCUACCGACUGCCCAACCCCUUGCCGCCCCUCCCCGUUCGAAAGGGUGUCCGAGGUCGCCGUCCCAAAUCCCAGACUAUUGCUUUGUUGAAGGCAGCGGCCGAGGCGGCGGCGGCAGCGGCAGCAGUAAAUGGGGCGCCGCAGAACCCUGCCAGGACUGAGACUCAACUGGCCCCCAGACCACACAAGAAGAGAGGGCCCAAGCCCAAGAAGAAGCCUCGGGUGGAGCAGUCCCUGGGGUCAUCAUCAGUCACAGCUCCGCCUCCAGAGACCAGGCUGAGCUCCAGCCACGUCUCCGCCGACAACAGCAACCAUAGCAACAGCUCAAAUGUAGUUUGCACAGUUUGUGUCUACGUGAACAAGCACGGGGACUACGGCCCGAACCUCGACCGGAAGCUCGUGCAGCAGCUGCCGGAUCACUUCGGCCCGGCUCCAGUCAACGCCGUGCUGCAGCAAGCGGUCCAGGCCUGCGUGGACUGUACGUACCAGCCGUCAGUGCUGCUGUCCUUCCUGCAGAGCCAGUCCCACACGGGAGGAGAGGUCAUCAGAGUGCGGUCAGAGCAUGGUAUCCGCUACGUGAAGCUGCCCUCCGUCUCCAGUGCAUCGUCGGUGCUGCGCUUCCUGGAGAACAUGUGCCAACAUCUGGAGAGCGACAGUCUGUUCAGCUCGCAGCCGUUCAGCCCCUUCAACAACAACACGCGCUUCUACAACAAGACCAAAUCAGAACCGCCUUCCCACGCUGAAAACGGCCUGCGCAAAGAUGACUCGACGAACGAUCCCAUCCCCAGCCCCCGCUCCAUUCACGCCGCAUCGGACUACAGAGCGACCAAGAAGGAGCGGCCAUAUUACCCUGGACACACCCACACGCCGCCGCCGCCACUUCGACGCGUCAGCUCCAACCCGGCUGAGCUGGAUCCGAUGUGUGCACACAGACGAGUGGAGGCGAGCUCAACAACAGGACCAGAACACUUGAAACAGGACAAGGACGGUUCAGGGAGCAACGCCUCUUCCUGGUCGGUGGAUGAUGUCAUCCGGUUCGUCCAAGAGGCAGAUCCCCAAACUCUGGGCCCACACGUCGAACUGUUUAGGAAACAUGAGAUUGAUGGCAAGGCUCUGAUGCUGCUGCGCAGUGAUGUCAUCAUGAAGUACAUGGGACUGAAGCUCGGCCCGGCGCUCAAACUCUGUCAUCACAUCGAGAAGCUGAAACAGACCAAGCAGUAGACGACAGAGACUCGUUCUUCUCUCACUGGCAACCGAACACACAGACAUGUAUUAUUCUGCAGGGACGUGAUGCAGUGAUCAUCCACCUCAACCAGGACGAAGCCGCCGCUGAGAACGCCGCGAUCACGUCCUCUGGACUUCUUAUGAAUUUGGGGAUUUUAGCAGACUGCCUGGAGUUAAGGAUUUACACACGGUGGGGAUUUUAUGAGCGGAUUUAACUACUUUUUGGCCAAAUAGACAAAUAAUUACUCAAAGAUUACAGCUUUGAUACCUUUGAAAAAUAAGUUAGAUCUUAAAUCUGGAGAAAUAAAUAUUGCAUAAAGUCAAAUUUAACAGUUAUCAACAAUAGUAAUUACUGCAGCCAUGAGAGGAACAAUAUUUAUUAAUGGAAACAUCUUUCACAUUAUGACCGAUACUCAACACACAAGUAGUAUCAGUUCAUCUGACCACAGAUAUCAUUAAUGUAUUAGUUCAUGUUUUUUGCCUUAUUAUGAACUGGAGGCCAUAAUUGAUCAGUUAAGUUACCUCUACAUUGCCACUGUUACACAAACACGUUGCUGUCACUGUAUUUUCCCCCUGCUCUGCACUGGAGACUGUAUAAGGCAGAGUUCAGGUACUGUCAGUGAACGUCUCACUGCGUCAUCCCUCACAACCUUCAACAUCGGUCUCUGUUACAGUCAGAUUUCAUUUAUGCAAGUCAGUGAAUGUAUGCUGUCCCGAGUGUCGUAACUAACAGGUUCUACAACCAGGAAGGCUCAGCUCUGUGGAGAAGCGUUGGAGGUUUUUAUUCCUUGUUCCCUGAAGUCACCGUCCUCAAAUGACUCAGCUGUUUUUUUCGACAAAGAUCAGAAGUGAACUCUUUGCACCUCUGUUUAUUUAAACUGUUUAAGUUUUACUUCAGAGGAAAAACCUUCCAUCACUUGUGAUUCUGCGGCGCGGAAAACUGAAGAGUUGCUUUCUCUUUUAUUUGUCACGUGCUGGAAGUUGGACGAUCAUAUCUGAUUGAAGUCGGGCGGUUUCAGCUUGAGCACUGAUGAUUGUAUUAUGCUUUGACAGACAGACACAUGUACAAUGACUGGAAUACUGUAAGUGUUUUGACAUUGACAUAAAGGCGAGGCCCUUGAGUGUCAAGUUUUCCUGAACGAGUAAAUGACGGACAACCUGUUUUGUAUAAAGUCAAGCCAAAAGGUUGUUUUUUGAUAUCAUUUUGUACUGUAACAAAGUGUAUCAACCUGUAUCAAACUAAAGUGUAAUCAUUCUUUUUCUGCCUGAGAUAGUUUUUGUGUGCACCAUCAAAUAACUACUUACAGGGCUACGUUGUGUCCGAGUAAUUAUUCACACGUCUCAAAGUAUUUAUCUGUUGUCAGCGGCAGAAAUACUGAUUUUCUGAACAUUUCAGAACCAUUUUUCAAACCAAAUCAUGUUUAAUGUAGCUGCAUUUCACUCGUUCGCUCUCCUGUCGUGGAGUCAAGUCCACACUUGAAACCAUCUUGCUUUAAAUUUUAAACUCAGGUUUUAGUCGGGGGUUGAUUCUUAGAAUAUGUUUUACAUCAUUUGCAGUUUGUGUUCAUGCGACUGCACAAUAAUCAAUUGUGUAUAUUUUCAUGCUUUGUCAUCUAUCAACCCGCAGCAUUUCAU